AUGAGCGUCCAACAAAAGUUGACAAAUGGUCUAGGAAAGCAAGUGGUCUUCGUGACUAACAACAGCACCAAGUCGCGCGCAGACUACCGCAAGAAACUUGAGGGAUUGGGUAUCCCCAGUACAGUGGAAGAGAUCUUCUCCUCCUCUUACAGUGCGUCCAUUUACAUUUCCCGCAUUCUGCAACUCCCCGAGAACAAGCGCAAGGUCUACGUGAUCGGCGAGACAGGCAUUGAGCAAGAGCUCCAGUCCGAGAACGUACAGUUCAUUGGCGGUACAGACCCUGCAUACCGCCGCGACAUUACCCCAGAAGAUUACAAGAAGAUCGCCGCUGGCGAUGAAUCCCUGCUAGACCCGGAAGUCGGCGUCGUGCUCGUCGGCCUCGACUUCCACUUCAACUACCUUAAGAUGGCGCUGGCCUACCACUACGUGAAGCGUGGGGCCGUUUUCCUCGCCACCAACAUUGACUCCACGCUGCCGAACUCGGGGACUCUCUUCCCCGGUGCCGGCUCAAUGAGUGCGCCUCUGAUUAUGAUGUUGAACCAAGAGCCUGUCGCUCUUGGAAAGCCCAGUCAGGCUAUGAUGGACUCUGUUGAGGGUAAGUUCAAGUUUGAUCGUAGCCGCACUUGCAUGGUGGGUGACCGUGUCAACACGGAUAUUCGAUUUGGACUUGAAGGCAAGCUUGGUGGUACCCUUGGUGUGCUCACUGGUGUUUCCUCAAAAGAGGAAUUUUUGACUGGAGAUGUCAGACCUCACGCUUAUCUGGACAAGCUUUCUGACUUGCUGGGCUCGGAAUAA